GGUUUAGUUUAGCAGCUUUCAAGAGGAACAAGAGGAAGCUGGAGUUGGCUGAAAAGGUGGAAACAGAUCUCAUUCAACUAAAGAAAAGAAGACAAUCAAAUGAAAAGGGCUCCAGAGUCAUGUGCAGCGCUUGUGGGAGACCCCCAAAGGCCAGUGAUGGUGGUAAAGGAGGUGAUCAGAUAGAGCUCUACUCACUGGAGAAUGACUCAGGAACAUUGGAUACAGUUGGUGCAGUUGUUAUUGAUCAAGAAGGAAAUGUUGCUGCUGCUGUCUCCAGUGGAGGUUUAGCACUAAAGCAUCCUGGAAGAGUUGGUCAGGCAGCUCUUUAUGGUUGUGGCUGCUGGGCUGAAAAUACAGGAGUUCAUACCCCUUACUCCACUGCUGUGAGUACUUCAGGUUGUGGAGAGCAUCUUGUCCGAACCAUACUGGCCAGAGAAUGUUCAUGGGCUUUGCAAACAGAAGAUGCCCACCAAGCUCUCCUAGAGACUAUGCAAAACAAGUUUAUAGGUUCACCUUUCCUAGCCAAUGAAGAUGGUGUUCUUGGAGGUGUGAUAGUUCUUCGGUCUUGCAGGUGUUCAGCAGAGCCUGAAUCAUCGCAGGCAAAGCCAACUUUACUAGUGGAAUUUCUGUGGAGCCAUACAACAGAGAGCAUGUGUGUAGGAUAUAUGUCUGCACAGGAUGGCAAAGCUAAG